AGAAGAAGAAGGACGUUGCUCCGGCAACGCUUGUGGUCCUCCAUAGCCGUUGGCCAGCUCUUCAGUUCAAUGGCGAGACUAAGCUCAGAGACGCUGUGGGAGCAGGCGGCGGCGGAGGUCCGGAGUCAGGAGAGCGGAGCCGCAGACUGGGACGGAGGAGAGGCCGUCUGUGAAAGGAGCGUGUUUCUGAUGGGGAGCAAGGCUGGGGGUAAAACGUCCAUUCUGCUCAGAUGUCUGGAGAGGGAUGAGCCACCAAAGCCAACUCUAGCACUGGAGUAUACCUUUGGCAGACGGGCCAGAGGACACAACACGCCCAAAGACAUAGCCCACCUGUGGGAGCUGGGCGGAGGAACGUCCCUUUCAGACCUCAUCCAGAUUCCCAUCACUCUCGUCAGUAUACGGUCGCUCUCUGUCGUGCUCGUGCUGGACCUGUCUAAGCCUGACGCUCUGUGGGGAACCAUGGAGAAGCUUCUGCACGCCACACGAGCUCAGGUGGAAAACGUCUUUGCUCAGGCGCAGCAAGCGCAGAGGUCCAGACCUGGAGCCAAAGCGCAGACGGCCGCUCCCUCAGCAGCUCGGGUCUUACCGAAGGACUACCCAGACCGAGAGCUGAUCAGCCCGUUUCCCGUUCCUCUGCUCAUCAUGGGCAGCAAAUAUGACAUCUUUCAGGACUUUGACUCUGACAAGAAGAAAGUGAUCAGUAAGACCCUUCGUUUUCUUGCCCACUAUUACGCAGCCUCUCUGAUCUUUACUAGCAUUAAAUCAGAGAGCCUCAUGUCUAAAACCAAGAGCUUCUUCUCCCAUCUGGCGUUUGGUCUGGACAGAGGGAAAACUGUGUCCUGUGACCCAGGGAAACCUCUCAUCGUUCCAGCUGGCUCUGACUCUUUCAGGCAAAUAGGCUCGCCUCCCACCACUGACGUGGACAUAGCGACUCUACAUGCAAAAAACCCAAAGGAUCUGUGGAAGAAAGUGUACGAGCGAGUGUUUCCCAGCGAGAGCCCCGGUGAGCAGCGGGAGCUGAAGGAUCCGAGCAAAGACCCACAGUACAGCGAGCCUCAGAUCGAUGCGAUGAGAGCUCAAAAGGAUCAGGAGUUGGAGCAGUAUAAAAGAAAUGCUGCAAAGUCAUGGAAAGAACUGGAGCUGGAGACAUAAGAACUUUAUUACACACAUACAACACAUCAUUAUGUACAUAUAUCAAACAUUUAGCUGUAUUUAAUUUUUUUUACGUUUUUUUUUUUCUCUCUGUAAAUUAUGCAUUAUUGGUUAAACGACCAAAUGAAUUCUUUAAUCUACUGCUAAUAAAAUGUGUUCUUCU